GGGCCGUCGCCGGCGACGUCAUCCCUGCGCGCGCCCCCCGAGGCGGGGAGGGGAGCAGGAUGCUGAGCCGCCUGCAGGAGCUCCGCAAGGAGGAGGAGACGCUGCUGCGGGUCAAGGAGGCGCUGCACGACCAGCUCACCCGCCUCAAGGUGGAAGAGUUGGCUCUUCAGUCCAUGAUCAACGCCCGGGAAGGGACGGUGUUCACUCCCUCGGCUGCUGUCACGGAGGAGCACGUAAAUAUGGACAAUGAAAUGGCCAUUAAUCAGACUAAACUGCAGUUACAAGUGCAUGGUGAUGAGGAGGAAGAGGAGGAGGAGGAAGAAGAAUCAGAUUCCUAGGGCACCAGUGUUGCUGUCAGGCCAGUGUUCCAGGACAGACUUCCGAAGCCUCCCUGGCUUUGAUGAAACUCUGUGUGGUGCUACAGAGACUGAGCUCCAACCAGAAAUGCCGCUGAGCAUCUCACAAACUUCCAAAGGCGGUAAUAAAUUACGGGGCGGGUUGGAAAAAGGCAGUGUUGAAGCCUAACUAUGUAGCACGAGUCAUUUUCUAGAGUAGACUUAUGUUUCAAAACAAGUAGCAGUUCAGGAAACGAAGCUUUUGAAGCAAUAAUCUGUCCAUGAAACAUCUCCUGCCUGGUUGUAAAAAAAAGGAGCUGGGAAGCUGCCCAUUCUAUGCCAGUUGGUUUUCCUGAACCUCCUAUGGAUAAAUUGCACAAAAGUAGUGAAAAAUGUGGGGCUUGUUUUUUCCUGUAUGGCUGUAUACGACUCCUUUAUUCUGGUUGGUUUGGGCCCGUUUUAUGAAACUUGUAUGGAAUAAAAAUAUAUGUUUUGUUUA